AUGGCCACGGAGGCCGCCCUCGCCCUAAGCAACCGCUCCCUCAGAACCGUCCGUACCGAACUCGAGUUCCUCUGCGAUACAGGUGUCAUCUCAGCUCAGCAGCUAUCAAGCAUUCUCUCGCAGCUACCAGCUCAAACACCGCUACGUGCCCCGUUGGCCCCUAUCCACGCUUCGGCUACGUCAACACCAGUUGAACAACUCUCCGACCACCUCUCCCUAAAAGAUCCAUACACACAUACUACCUCGCCUGCACCUCUACCGCCGCCAGCAUAUGCACAGUCACCCCCCGUUCUCGCAAUAGCGAGGGCUCUAUACGCAUAUCAACCGACUGAUACCGGAGACUUGGCACUCCAGCCCAAUGACAAUAUUCAGGUGCUGGAGCACAUGAACAAUGACUGGUGGCGAGGACGCAAUGAGCGUACUGGUCUUGAAGGAAUUUUCCCGCGAAGCUAUGUCAACGUUGUCGAAGAAAAGGGGCGGCCGCCUCUCCCACAUCAGCCACAAUCCACUGGUUACGGCAACAUGCCUCUGGAAGUCGCCAACACUGGUGGAUCAUCGCAGCCUGGCAAGCAGACGAGCAAGUUAGAAGAGCAUGGCAAAAAAUUCGGCAAGAAGAUGGGCAAUGCCGCUAUCUUCGGCGCCGGCGCCACUAUCGGCAGCAACAUUGUCAACGGCAUUUUCUAA